CGAGCUAGCGGAGCGGCUGCGGGACACCUCGCCGGGCCCGAUCCCGCGGGACGCACUGUGAUUAAAGAACACACUGCAAAGGAGCCUGAGCCGCUCUCUGUUCUACAAGUCACUAGCAAUGGAGCAGAUGAAGGGAUCAGCCGUACUUCUGCUAGAGCUGCUAAUUCUGGGGGGGCUGAGAGCAGGAAAGGGCUCUGCUGUCCUGGGCACCUUGGAUCUACAAAUAGAUGAGGAGCAGCCAGCUGGCACCAUCAUUGGGGACAUCAGUGCUGGCCUGCCUCCUGGCACCACUGCCUAUAUGUAUUUUAUCUCUGCACAGGAGGGCAGUGGUGUUACCACCGAUCUGGAGAUAGAUGAGAACACAGGUAUCAUCAAAACAGCCCGUGUCCUGGACCGAGAAACCCGAGACCGAUACAGCUUCAUUGCUGUUACCCCAGAAGGCAUCACAGUAGAAGUGAACAUACAAGUUAAUGACAUCAAUGACCAUGCUCCAGCCUUUCCCAAACCGCACAGCACUUUCCAGAUCCCAGAGCACACACCUAUAGGAAGUAGGUUCCCAUUGGACCCAGCCUUUGAUGCUGACAGUGGCCUGCUCAAUACCCAAGGCUAUGUGAUUAAGGGAGGUAAUAUGAGGCAGGCUUUCCGCCUGGAAACACGUCGAGGACCCAAUGGGGUCCUGUAUUUGGACCUGGUGGUCAGCAACAUCUUGGAUCGGGAGAACUGUUCAUCAUACUCUCUAGUGCUGGAAGCCUAUGAUGGUGGCUCUCCUCCCCRGAGCACCCAGAUGACCCUGGAUGUGUCUAUCCAGGAUAUUAAUGACAAUGCUCCUACCUUCAACCAGAGCCGCUAUCAUACACUUAUUUCAGAGAACCUGAAGCCUGGCAGCAGCAUACUGCAAGUCUUUGCCUCUGAUGCAGAUGAAGGUGACAACGGGGAUGUGGUUUAUGAGAUAAAUCGUCGGCAGAGUGAUCCCGAGCAGUACUUCACCAUUGACUCCCGAACUGGAGUCAUCAAGCUCAAUAAGGGUCUAGACUAUGAAGUAAGGAAGGUGCAUGAGCUAGUGGUGCAGGCACGGGAUAAGGCUGUCCAUCCUGAGAUCACCACAGCCUUUGUCACCAUUCAUGUACGUGACUACAAUGACAACCAGCCCACCAUGACCAUCAUCUUCCUCAGUGAAGAUGGGUCCCCGCAGAUAUCAGAGGGAGCCCAACCAGGCCAGUAUGUGGCACGCAUCUCUGUUUCAGACCCAGACUACGGUGAGUACUCCAAUGUCAAUGUCACCCUGGAGGGAGGGGAUGGCAAGUUUGCCCUCACUACCAAGGACAACAUCAUCUACCUGAUCUGUGUAGACCAACUUCUGGAUCGGGAAGAAAGAGACUCCUAUGAUCUGCGGGUAACUGCCACUGACUCAGGAACACCACCGCUCCGGGCAGAAUCUGCCUUUGUGCUGCAAGUGAUGGAUAUCAAUGACAAUCCUCCGCUCUUUGAUCAGCAGGAAUACAAACAGAGCAUUCCUGAGGUUGUGUACCCAGGCAGCUUUGUCCUGCAGGUCACAGCUCGUGACAAGGACCAGGGUCCUAAUGGGGAAGUGCGUUAUAGCAUUGUGCAUGACCAUGACACCCACUCCAGCUGGUUUGCCAUUGACCCAGCCACAGGUAUCAUUACUACUGCUGCUCCACUGGAUUAUGAGAAGGAUCCUCAGCCCCAGCUGACAGUGCUGGCCAUGGACAAGGGAACCCCUGCCCUCUCUUCCUCAGCUGUGGUGCAUGUGGCACUGCAGGAUGUCAAUGACAAUGAGCCGGUGUUCAAGAGUAACUUCUACAACGUGUCCCUGAAGGAGAACACCCCUGUUGGGACCUGCUUCCUACAGGUGACAGCCACAGAUGCGGACAGCGGCCCCUUCGGCUCCCUGGCCUACUCCAUCGGCUCCGGCAUUGGCAGUGUUGUCCCCACGCAGUUCAGCAUUGAUGAGAGCACGGGGCAGCUGUGUACUGUGCAGCCCUUGGACYGUGAUGAGGGCACGUCUGCCUACGACUUCACCAUCACCGCUGUGGACGGGGGCGGCCUCAACUCCAUGGUGUACGUGAAGGUUUUUCUGGAGGAUGUGAAUGACAACCGGCCGGUGUUUUACCCGCUGGACUACGCAGUCAGCAUCAGCACGCAGAGCAUGCCAGGCACUGCUGUGCUGCGCGUCACUGCUCACGACAAGGACGAGGGGCUGCAUGGGAAAGUCACCUACCGCAUUGUCCUGGGGAACACCCCCCCACUCUUCUCCCUCAACAAGGACACAGGUGUCAUCUCCCUCUCAUGGUCCCUGAGUGGCAAAGCCAACACGCUGGUGCAACUAGUGAUCUCUGCACGAGAUGGUGGAGGCCUGCAGGCACAGAUGAAUGCCCGGGUGAAUAUCAGCAUUGUGGAGGGCACCGUCUCACCUCCUGUCUUCGAGCAGGCUCAGUACUUCUUCACAGUGCCUGAGGACGUGCUGCCAGGUGCCAGUGUUGGGGCUGUUCAGGCCCAGAACCCUCCAGGUCAUGCUGAUGACAUCUUCUAUUCCAUCUCUUCGGGGGAUCCUCAUGGCUAUUUUUCCAUUGACUCUGGCUCGGGGCAACUCUGCACCAGUCUGCCUCUUGAUCAUGAGACCCAGGCUGUCCUCACCCUGGAUAUCCAGGCCCGGAGUGGUUCACCCCCUGCCUAUAGCAACACACGUGUGAAAAUCUCUGUAUUAGAUGUGAAUGACAACGUGCCAGUGUUCCCAGCCCCCUCCGACUCUAUCCUGCUGCCGGAGGCCACAGAGCCUGGGAGCACAGUGUACACGUUGCAAGCCGAGGACCGGGACAGCGGUGCCAAUGGUCAGGUGCAUUUUGAGCUAGUUUCAGGAGGAGAUGGUAUCUUCAGCGUGGAGCGCUCCUCGGGGGCAGUGCGACUGAUGGGGGCCCUGCAGUACGAAGCCAGUGCUGCCUAUGGGCUGGCCAUUGUGGCCCGGGAUGGUGGCGUUCCCCAGCUCAGCUCUACCUUCACUCUGCUGGUGCACGUGCAGGCCGAGCACGACAACGGGCCCAUCUUUGACACGCUCACCUACCGUGUGGAGGUGCGGGAGGGAGUGCCUGUCUCCACACGCUUCCUGCAGGUGCGGGCGCUAGCACGUGACGUGGAAGCCACGUCCCUAGUCUACCACUUGCGUGCUGAUGGGGAUGCUGCCAGCUUUGGCAUCAUGCCUGAGAGUGGUUGGCUCUAUGUCAAAAGUGCCUUGGACCGGGAGAUGCGGGACCUGUAUGUGCUCACGGUGCUGGCCUCAGCAGCAGGAAGCGGUGCAGGAGGAGAAGCCCGAAAAACAGGCACCAGCACAGUACGGGUCAGCAUCACUGAUGAGAACGACAACAGCCCCCGGCUGAGUGAGGAACGCUACUUCUUCACCAUCCCUGAGAACCAGGCACCUGGUAGCAGCGUGGGCAGGGUGAUGGCAAGCGACCGGGAUGCCGGACAGAACAGUCGGCUCACCUACCGCCUGCUCCAGCAUGACCCCAACUUCCUUAUCCAUAUGCAGACAGGAGAGCUCAGCACAAAACACAGCCUGGACCGGGAGCAGCAGUCUGGCUACCAGCUGUUGGUGAUUGUGCAGGAUGGGGGCGCACCGCCCCGCAGUGCCACUGGAACCGUCUACGUCACUGUGCUGGAUGAGAAUGACAAUGCUCCUGCGUUCCUUCACGUGGCCAGUGGUCAGGAGCUUCCGGUGCAGGUGCUGGAAGAGAAGCCAUCAGGACUUCUAGUAGCCUCCCUGCAGGCCAAGGACCCAGAUGAGGGUGAGAAUGGGACCAUCAUCUACUCACUGACAGGAGCCUGGGCAGAGCGUUUCACAUUGCACGUGGCCACAGGAGAGCUGCGUACCGCCACGGUGCUCCGCCGCCCUGAUCAUGCUGAGUACAUCUUCACUGUGACAGCCAGCGACCGAGGCGCUGUGCCGCGCAGUACCUCGGCCAUCAUACGCAUCCAGGUGCUGCCGUCUUCCCGGGUGCUACCUCGGCCCGAUGCCACCGUGCUGACCCUGCACCCCCUUGAGGGGGUCAAGCCAGGGUCUGUGAUCGGCUCUGUGGCUCCCCCAGAUGCUCCUGCACGGGGACAGCUGACAUACACAGUAGUAGGAGGUGGUGGGGAUGGCACAUUUGUCGUCGACAGCGUGACAGGGGAGAUCUUUGCAGCCCGGGAGCUGGACUAUGAGGUCAGAGCCCGGCACACGCUGCAGGUGAGCGCUGAGGACAUGCAGCAUGGCUUUCCCUCCAGCCGCCUGGUGCUGGUACAGAUCCACGUGCAGGACUGCAACGAUCAGGCACCCACGUUCCCUGAAGACCCCAUCACCAUCGUGGUGCCUGAGAACACCCCAGCUGGCUCAUCCAUCUUCACCUUCCAGGCGCUGGAUGGGGAUGGAGUGGGUCCCAACAGCCAGGUGCGCUAUGCUCUGCUGCGCCAGGAGCCCCCUGGGGCCCCCUUCCAGCUGGACAGCCGCUCGGGGCUGCUGACCCUGCGCCAGGGCCUCGACCGCGAGGCUGCUGCCUCCUUCCUCUUGGUGGUGGAGGCCACAGACCAGGCCCGCAAUGUCAGCCAGCGCCUCUCAGCGGCUGUGACAGCCCGGGUGUUUGUGACCGAUGAGAAUGACAACACGCCUGUGUUCCUCUCACCCACUGCUGUCAGCGUCAUGGAGGACCAGCCAACAGGCUUUGUGGCUCUGCACGUGGUGGCCCAGGAUGAUGAUCUGGGAGAGAAUGGGCGUGUGAGCUACUCGUUGCGAGCAGGCAACAGUGAUGGCCGCUUCCACCUGAAUCCCAGCACUGGUGCCCUCUCCAUCAUGCGGGCGCUCAACCGGGAGGAGGUGGUACAGCACAACCUCACCGUGGUGGCCACAGACCACGGCUUCCCGCGACGCUCAGCCACGCAGCUGCUCUCCGUGCUGGUCCUGGAUGUCAACGAUGAGGCUCCUGUUUUCGAGAGGCCUGAGUAUGAGGCUCACGUCAUGGAGAACUUGCCAAAAGGCAGCCCUGUUCUGCGGGUGCUGGCCAUGGACCAGGACUUAGGUGCAAAUGGGCAGGUGUUCUACGGAGGUCUCUCCGGAGGGCCGUUCUCCAUUCACCCACAGACAGGGCUUAUUGUUACCACGCAAGCGCUGGACCGUGAGGAGCAGGAGCAGCAUGUGGUGACAGUUUAUGCCCGGGAUGGCGGCCUGCCUCCCAACUUCUCCAAGGCAACUGUGCGGAUCACAGUAGGGGAUGAGAAUGACCAUGCACCACAGCUGGAGAGUGAGUCCUGCUCCCUUGAGGUUCCUGAGAACCAGAGCCGCGUGGCACUCUACACACUGAGGGCCACCGAUCCUGAUGGAGGUGACAACGGGCGCUUGGAGUACCGCAUGACAGAUGGAGACCCUGGGCAGGAUUUCAGCCUAGACCCUGUCUCUGGCAUCCUCUCCACUGCACGUGCCCUUGAUCGGGAGCAAGUUGCUUCAUACAGCCUCACGGUGGUGGUGCAAGACCAUGGCACCCCUCCACGCAGUGCCACCAUGUCAGUGAGUGUGCGGGUACUCGACAUAAAUGACAAUGCACCUGGUUUUGCUCAGGCCRCCUAUACAGUGGAGGUGCCGGAAGAUCUUCCCGUUGGCAGCCUGGUGUUGCAGCUAGUGGCUCAGGAUCCUGACGAGGGCACCAACGGGCAAGUCACCUACUACUUGGGCAAUGAGUCACUGGGCAUGUUCCAGGUGGAGCCACAGAGUGGGCGCAUCACAAGUGCCCAUGCCCUGGACCGGGAACGCCACGCCAGCUACAGCUUCCUGGCCAAAGCUGUGGACUUAGCACCGUGGGAGCCCAAAAGCACGGCUGUGCGCAUCACGGUCACAGUGCAGGACAUCAAUGACCAUGCCCCUGCCUUCCUGCACAGCCCGCUCUCUGUCACCCUGUCCCGUCACACACCUCUCAAGCAGGUUGUGGCCACCAUGAGGGCAGAGGACAGGGAUGCAGGUGCCAACGCCUCCAUCUUGUACCGUCUUGCCACUCCCAACCCUGCUUUUGCCAUCAACUCCUACACAGGGGAUAUCCAACUACUGCAGCCCCUGGGCUCGCUCAGCCAGCGCCAGAGGACCCUCUUCAUCCUGGCCACGGACCUGGGGCAACCAGCACUCUCCUCCACCGGUGUGGUGGUGAUCCACUUGCAGGAAGAGCCCUACCGAGGGCUGCGCUUUCCCCGGAGCACCAGUGAAGUGGCUCUGCUGGAGAAUGCUGCUCCAGGCACAGAGGUGGUGAGCAUCCAAGCUACGCACAUGGGCGGCUCAUCUGGGCGCAUCAYCUACAGCAUCGUCAGUGGCAACGAGAAGAAUGCUUUCCUUAUCCAGCCCAGUUCAGGUGCCAUCUCAGUUCAGGACUCCAGCAGCCUGGAUUUUGAGGCCAGCCCUCGCCUGCGCCUCGUGGUCCAGGCAGAGACAACAGCUUCCUUUGGCUUUAUGGCCAUAAACCUUAACCUGCAAGAUGUCAAUGACAACCUGCCACGCUUCCAGCUGCAGAACUACGUGGCGUUCAUCUGGGAGUCGCAGAGCUAUGACUCCCCAGUCAUCCAGGUCCUGGCAGAUGAUUUGGAUCAGGGGGCAAAUGGGCAGGUGACUUAUGCCAUCAAUCAGUCCUUGCCGAUGACUGGCUUGUACCACAUCGAUCCUCAGACUGGCACCAUCACCACAGCUGCCAUCCUGGACAGGGAGAUCUGGUCCCAGACCCGUUUGGUGGUAACAGCAAUGGAUAGAGGGAUACCGCCUCUCGUGGGCUCUGCCACGCUGACUGUUGUGGUGAUGGACGUCAACGACAACAGCCCCACCAUCCCCUUACCGUGGGAGGUGCGGAUCCCAGAGAACACACUACUGGGUACCCAGAUAGCCCAGCUGACAGGGAACGACGUGGACUCGGGCCCCGCUCUCUCCUAUACGUUGGUGCUGGACAGCGAUGCCACGGGCACGUUCAGCGUGCUGCGGUACGGGGGACACGUUGCCCUGACAGGACCACUGGACUACGAGGAGCGCAGCCACUACACCCUCACCCUGCGUGCCUCUGACACCCGCCACGAGACCGAGGCAAACCUGACCAUCAUYGUGGAGGAUGUGAAUGACAAUGCACCGACCUUCAGCCAGGGCUUCUACCAGGUGAUGUUGCCGGAGCACACGCCCGCCGGCAGCGCCAUUCUCACCGUCAGUGCCACCGACCCGGACUCGGGCAGCAAUGGAGAUGUCACCUACCACUUGGCCAUGCCCAGCCCUGACGUCGCCAUCGACCCCAGCAAYGGGACCCUGUUCACCACCCGUCGGGUGGAGUUCGAUACCAACCAGCCCACCUUGGACCUCGUGGUGGAGGCCCGUGACCGUGGCUCUCCCAGCCUGUCGGCCUGGGCCACAGUGCAGCUGCAGGUGCUGGAUGUGAAUGACCACAGCCCCAGCUUCAAGGCACCGCACUACAACGCCAGCAUUCCUGAGGACCUGCGCCCGGGAACCACGGUGCUGACGCUGGAGGCGGGUGAUGCAGACCUCUCCCGGGAGAACGCAGGCUUUGACUACACCAUUGUCAGCGGCAACAGCGGCAAUGCCUUCCAGGUGGAGAGUCGGGUGGCCUGGGCCGGGGGGCAGCUUCACACGCAGGGCACUUUGGUGCUCGUGGAGCCCUUGGACUUUGAGGCCGUCCCUGUCUACAACCUCACUGUGGCAGCCUCCGACCGYGGACUGCCGCAGCGCAGUGCCACGGUGCCCGUGCUCAUCACCGUGCGGGAUGUCAACGACAACCCACCUGUGUUCGCCCGAGCCGAGUACCGCACCACUGUGAGCGAGAGUGCGCCGCUGGGCACCGAGCUGCUGCGCCUGCUAGCUCAGGACGCCGACUCGGGGCCCCGCGGCCGUGUGCGCUACAGCAUCAGCUCAGGUGACCAGCACGGCACCUUCCAGCUUCACGAGAGCACCGGGGCCCUGUGCCUGGCGCGGCCCCUGGACCGGGAGGCUCAGGCGCUGCAUUCUCUCGUGGUGCAGGCCACGGAUGCGCCGGGGCAGCACUUUGCGCUGGUGCCGGUGGCCAUUGAGGUGAAGGAUGUCAACGAUAACAAGCCUUACUUCCCAGUGGAGGUGGUGAGCGCCAGCCUGCGGGAGAACCUGCCGCCCGGCACACUGGUCACCACGCUGCGUGCCGUCGACGCGGACACCGGCAUCUUUGGGGAGCUGCGGUACGCCGUGCUAGAGCAGCCGGUGGGGGAGCCCGGCGUGGUGGAGGGCCGGGAUGCGUUCGCCAUCAACAGCAGCUCUGGAGAGCUGCGCUCGCGCCUCACCUUCGACUAUGAGCGAGCCAAAGCCUUCCAGUUGCUGGUGAGGGCCACAGAUGCUGGCAACGCCUCGGCCACCGUGACCGUGCGGGUGCUGGUGACAGGGGAGGACGAGUACGACCCCAUCUUCCUCAGCCCCUCCUUCAACUUUGAGGUCCCAGAGGGCGCCCGGAAGGGACAGAGCAUCGGGCGGGUGUUGGCGACGGACGAGGAUGAGGGGGCUGACGGCGUGGUGCUCUAUUCCCUUGCCAAGCCGUCGCCUUACUUUGCUGUCAACCAGACCACGGGCACCAUCUACCUGCGGGUGGACAGCCAGCCGCAGGCCGGGGCCGGGCGCGCCAAGCGGGAACCACGCGAGAUGAGCCUGGAGGUGCAGGCGCGCAGCCCGCUGCCCGCGUCCCGCUCGGCCGCGGCGCAGGUCACCAUCGACGUCACGCACACCUCCUUCGGCCUGGCGCCCGACCUCAACCUGCUGCUGGUGGUGGCGGUGGCGGCCUCGCUGGGCGUGGUGGUGGUGCUGGCCGCCGUGGCCAUCGUGCUGGCGCUGGUGCGCUCCCGCCACCGCCGCGGCCGCGAGAAGCCGGAGGGGGACGGGCGGCUGGGCCGCGUGCCGAGCGGCUCCCUGCAGAAGCUGGGCCGCGAGGAGCCGGCGCUGCCCGGCGCCGAGCACAUCUACCACCAGGCGCUGCCGGGCUACGGCGCCGAGCCCGCGGGGCCCUACACGCGCGGCGGCUCCCUCGACCCCUCRCACUCCAGCGGCCGGGGCUCGGCCGAGGCGGCCGAGGACGACGAGAUCCGCAUGAUCAACGAGUACCCGCGCGUGGCCAGCAUCACGGCCUCCAUGCAGGAGCACAUCUCCGCCCGUGGCCCCGACUCUGGCAUCCAGCAGGAUGCCGACCAGCUCUCGGACAUCUCCUGCGAGCCGGCGGCCCUGGAGAGUGCCCAGUGGUUCAAGAGCAAGAAGGGCUCGGGGCUGCUGCUGCCCGGGCCGCCACAGCUGUACCGCGAGGACGGGGGCGGCAGCGCCUUCCUGGGCGUGCGCUGCGGCCUCGGCGUCUCCGCGCCGCCCCAGGACUACGCCUUCCCGGAGGACGGCAAGCCCUGUGCGGAGGGCUCGCUCACCGCCAUCGUGGCYGGCGACGAGGAGCUCCGUGGCAGCUACAACUGGGAUUACCUGCUCAACUGGUGCCCCCAGUUCCAACCGCUGGCCAGCGUCUUCACUGAGAUCGCCCGCCUCAAGGACGAGAGCUCCUUGCGCAAGCCCUUCCCCGCCAAGCCCAAGGCCGAGCCCAAGCCCCGCAUCGACCCCCCGCCCCUCAUCACCGCUGUGGCCCACCCGGGUGCCAAGUCCGUGCCCCCCAAGCCGCCGGCCAGCAGGACCUUCCCGCUGCCGUCCUCCCUGCGCCGCUCGCCCAUCAGCCACGAGGGCUCCAUCUCCUCCUCCGCCAUGUCACCCAGCUUCUCCCCGUCCUUGUCCCCGCUGGCUGCCCGCUCCCCCGUCGUCUCGCCCUUCGGCAUCUCGCAGGGUCCCUCCGCCUCUGCAAUCAGUGCCGAGCACUCGCUGGAGCCCCCUGAGGAGGCUGAGCUCAGGAUUUAGCCCCUGUGGCCUACGGCCGC